AUGGAGGAGCAAUCUGAAGCAGCAAAGGAAUUAGUAAUCAACAUGGAAAAUACUGAAGGACCUUAUAAGGAUCUUGUUGAGGAAUCAUCAACUCCAAGAAGCAACCAACAAAUACAAGAAGAGCCGCCCAAGACACCAAAGGUUCCAGAGAAAAAUGAUAGACCAGCACCUCUCAGCAAGAAAAAUGAACGACCUCCUGAUCUCCCUCUUAAGCUUCAUUUCAUGCUCAAUAAGGCUGAAUCAUCAACUCCAAGGAGCAACCAACAACAAGAAGGGCGCAAGAUACCAAAGGUUCCAGAUAUGCUUCGUAAUCUUAAAAAAGAUGAAGGUUGGUUUUAUCCUCGUGUGGUUUCCAUCGGUCCUUAUCACCAUGGGAAGCAUCACCUAAAGAAAUUUGAGAAACUCAAGACUAAAUUGGCAUGGCAAUAUUGUAAAACUCCUGCUGGGCUUGUUGAUUUAUAUGAGAGAGUCGAAAAGGUUGCCAGAGAAGCAAGGGAAUUCUAUGAUAUUGAAGGAUUGAACAAUAUUGAUGAUGAGGCAUUCACAAAAAUGAUGUUUCUUGACGGUUGCUUCAUUUUAGAGUUCAUGCUCAUGUGCUUGCAGCUGAUGGGAGAAGAGGAAUAUCAUACUGUGAAGAUGAAAAAUAAUGACAUAGCUAAUGUCAAGCAAGACUUGUUCUUGUUAGAGAACCAACUCCCUUACAACGUCCUUGAGGCGUUGAUGAAGGGCAACGAAGAAUAUGAAUUAUAUGAAUGGAAGAAGGGGGUUAAAAAUUUCAUCACAAUGUGCCGAAAACUUCCUCCUACAGUCGAACCAUGGACGUCUGGUGCUAGUAAUUAUUUCUUCUGGUCACCACGAAAACAUAAAUUUAAAUCUCCUCUUCAUCUUCUCGACAUGACGAGGUCAAGAUUUGUGAAACAAAGUGCUACCUCCCCGUCUCGACGUCGUCUUCAGGUGCGCCAUGGUAUGGGAAUCCGGUCCAGCUCCAAAAAAGCAGCCACCCCAAGUGCUACCAGUGAUUGGUACUCUUAUCAUUCAGCCAGGGUGCUCAAGUCUAUGGGAAUCUGGUUCAGACCAAACAAAACAGGUAGUUUUAGCGAUGUCAAGUUUGAAUCUCAACUUUUCAUCAGGGGAGUGCUCACACUUCCUCCAAUACUCAUAGAUGCCUCCGCCAAAUCCCUGCUGCUCAACAUGUUGGCUUUCGAAUCAAGCUAUGCAAACUUGGAGGAGAAGCAGGGUGUCACCUCUUAUAUGUGCUUCAUGGACUCACUUAUUGACAAUGCUGAUGAUGUGAUGAUCCUAAGAUCCGAGAACGUCAUCGUCAAUUGCUUGGGAACGGACCAAGAUGUAGCAGAUCUAUUUAACGACAUAGCAAGCAAUUUGGUCCCAAACCCUCAUACUUAUGCUGAAGCUAAGCUUGGAAUUCAAAAGCAUUGCAAUAACAAGUUCAAGAAAUGGAUGGCAGAAUGUCUCCAAACCCAUUUCAGAAGCCCUUGGACGCUUCUUGCAUUAUGUGGUGCCAUUUUUGUCAUCUUGCUCACUGUGGCUCAGACUUAUCUGGCAGCAAGGCCACCCAAAAAUUGA